CUUUACAGUAACUACGGUACGUUUGUGGGAAUGGUCACAGUAAAGAACGGUACGUACUGUACGUACCGUACAUACGAACUACGUCGGUUCAGUACUGAACUACAAAAAAAAAACCCGUACCGGUAUUUUCAAGGAGGUGGUUCGGAGUUUGGCGGACGAAGACCUGGGUUGACUCCUCCGCUCCCUCUCGAGUUGUUGCAAGUCUCGUACUCGUACCGGUACACGUAUUUGUAAAAGCCAAAACCAAAAACCACUACCGUCGCCGCUGCCCUCGCCUCGCCUCCGCUCCACACCAUGGCAUGAGGAUCCUUCCCCGCCACCCCGUUGCCAGGCACCGACCGAGGGGCAGCCGGAGGUACGGCUCCGGAAAGAACCGCAAGAACCAAAACAAACACAACAACCACCACCACAAGAACCCGAGGCAGACCCCGAACAACCGGUGCCGCCGCACCCUGUGUCUCUCCCUUGCCGCGCUCGGCGCAGCGGCCUCCUGUUGUUUGUACUACCUCCACACGGCGCUCGCAGUACUGGCCGUGGACCGAGCGGGACUUUUCGGUCCCGGCGCGACGGAAUCGCAAUCGCAACCGAAACCGAAACCGUCGACGCCUCCAAAACCAAAGGCAGAAACAGCGCCGGGCCCGGAAAGGAACCCACCGGAGCCCUUCGAGAGCCACGACCACAACGGCGGUGGCUGCGCGAUCAACCUCUUCGGCCUYCCCCGGAGCUUCAAGCACCACGUCCUGCCGAGCCUGGCCAAGAACGUCGUAAGGAUCAACCGCGGAUACGGGUGCGACUACUUUGUGCACUUUUUCGACCUUUCCUCGGAGGAGGGGGAGGCCCAGCGCGGGGGCAACCGCGGGGGCGCCCUGUCCCCGGAAGACGUCUAUCGGCUGAAGGACGUUGUGGAGGCCGCCUGGAAGGAGGCAAAGCGGGCACGAGAGCCACCGCAACGCAUGCCCAUCGUGCGGUUUGUCUCGGACACGAACGAGGACUUUGAGGCGACGCGGAAAGACGCCAUCAACGAGAUUGUCCACGGAAGACCGGGGGGUUCCCCGACAAACAACUACAGCGCCAGCGCCAGCGCCAGCAACAGCAGCAACAACAACAACAACAAAAUCAAAAACAACAACCAAAAAAACAACAACAACAGCAUCGAACCCGGCCGCAACCCGUAUUUCGUCCACGAACCCUCGUUCACGAACCAGACCCUCGUGAACAUUCUGAAAAUGUGGCACAGCCAAGACCGCGUCUGGAACCUCAUGGAGGAGGAAUCCUCCUCCCGCAGUCUAGGGAAGCCCUUCUACGGCAGGGUGGCGAUGCUCCGCCUCGACGUCGUCUACACCACCCCCAUCGACAUCUACAAGAUCCCGCUGGACCCAAUCCCGGAGGACUACAACGAGGACUACAUGGUUGGCCUCAAGUUCCCGGUCAAGUACCAGCGCAAGCACAAGGGCAAGRCCAUCGAGCACGCCAGCGCGUGGAAGGACCCACGCUUCGGGCACCACUGCGUCCUCCCCGGCUUCAAGUCCUUCCCGGUCAACGACCGGUACUUUUCCGGCCCCUAUUCCGCGACGGAGGUCUGGGCGAGGGACCGCUUUUCGAGGGCAAGGAACCACGUGUUCUCCGUCCUGCCGGCGCUCGAGCGGGAGCGGCAGGAGGCCCUGGCGAGGGAUCCGGGCAGGCACCUGGCGGCGGGGGGGGACCACUUGUCCGAGAGCCGGCCCCUGACGGACUACGGCCUGCACGACGAGCGCUUUGUCGCCCACACCAUCCUCCCGGCCAUCCGGGGGCUCGCUUCCGGCGAAAGCGACGCCGGACCGAUGGCCAUCCAGGUGGACCGGGGCCUCUACUUCUGCCGGGUCCGGGCGGACGGAUCCAUCUGGCUGAGGGACAAGCCCGGCUUUGGAAGGGUGGAGAAAUCCAUCCUGGAGUCGGCCCUGGGACGAAAGUGCACCGGGGAGCCCUUCGAGGUGGACGACGGGGUCCUCGGGGAAAAGUCUCCCGGCCGGUGGCAGAUCUUGUGCCCGCCGUGACGCUUCCCACCCACACACCCACACACACACACGCAUACCCUCACUCAAAUCCACGGGGGACGGAUGGAUGRAUUCAUUCAUUCAUUCCUAGGUUGGAGCGGAACCGAAGCAAGUGCGAAACCGGAGCGGCUCUGCAGCGAGCAUAAAAACGCGGCUGCAAACGUUUUUGCCCCGUCGCCAGGCGAUGGAUUGGUUUUGCUUUUGGUUGGCUCGUCCCCCUGCCCAAAACCAGCUUGCCGGAACCAACCCGAAGGCUCGGUGUGGAGGACGGUGGUGCCAGCGCGGCGAUCCACCAGAGCGAAACCGGCGGUUGGUCACGGGCAGAAAAAGAUUUGGAUGUUUGUGGAUUUGUACUUGUGCAACGGACGAGACAGAGAGACCUUGCAGCCGUACCGCGGAAGACGACACGGCCCGCCAAACAGCCGGAUCGGCCGGCGAGCAGAGCCGAAAAUGUUCCCAGAGAGCCACUCGCGGGAGACGAACGAGGGAGACGGAGGGGUCCGGUUUUCGGUUUCUACCGGAGUUUUCUGCUCUGAAAAGAUUUGGUUCUGUUGUCUCGAGAUGAAACGCAACGCAAUGCCAGACAGACAUUUCGGGCAACAGAAGUGUGACUUCUGGAAAGCCGUGGUCAUUCGGACAAGUAGUGAAUGCGCACUUUGCAAUGAAAUAGACGAUURCUUUACUCAACUCAAUAGUGAUUCUUAGUAUUAUCCACCGUCUGUAGAAUAGAAAUGACGAUUUCGUUUUUCCWCAGAUCAGCUUAACUUAUGUACCAUACCUACCAUAGGUAGCGUCCAAUACUCGGGAGACGUAGCAGGGUACGUACCUAUUGCCCAUACGAGUACUACGUAAAGUACGUUCUCCUACGCGUAUGGUACGGUACAAACUAGUACUGUCCUAACGUACAAACUCCCUCAUGACAUCUCGAGAGAUGGUUUCCGGACUGAUGCGACAGAGGAUUUGCUGAAACAACACAACGAAGAACUCGUAAUUGUAGUUACUCUUUCGGGUCAGACAACGACUUUCUACGGCAGACCAAAGAACGCUCCCAACCUUCGAAAGCGACCAAGCCUCACAGCCAGCCUCACAGCCAGCCUCACAGCCAGCGAGCCGCGUCCCAGCGGUCCACCGAACAGAGCAGAACCGCCACGCCGCCGGCGAAACAAACGCAAACACCUCCCGCUGUGCCUGUCCACAAUGCCCAGACCGUUGGUGUCCCCCARGCCCGGGCACGGCAGGGAUCGGGGCCAUCAUCAGCAGCGCCAUCCGCAACGCCAUUCCGGUGCCGUAUCGUCUUCCGCUGCAAAGGAGUGCGCGGAGGCCCUGUCGGUCUUUAGCGAGGCAUCGAUGGCCAAGAUGUGCCAGCUCUUGAUGGGGGCCUACGGCAGCAGCAGCAAUGGCAAUGGCAGCAGCACCAACAACAGUACUAGCACCAGCAAUAGCACCAACCACCAACACCCUCCUCCCGGGGAAGGACCACCCGGCCCGCAGAACCCCGGAGCACACCCCACCACCGAGGAAGAGCUYCUGGACCUGUAUUCCCGUUGCGAAGCCUCCCUCUCGGUCCUCCAAAGGCACAAGGAAUGGCUCCUGCAGUGCCAACAGCGGCCCCUUCCCGGGGACCAUCCCUCCGGUGGGAUGCCCGGCGGGGUCCACCARGGCCUCCCAAAGAAACAGAAACGCACCGUCAUGACCAGCAAGCACGGGAUCCACCCCAGCCACAAGGCCUCCUCGUCGGCCAUUGCCCUGGGAAGCCUGCGGCAGAUGGGGGUCAAGACCGCCAUGAAGCGGAGCGGCCUGCCCCCCUCCUCGCGCAAGGGGAUGGGUGGAAGCGGAAGCGGGGAACACGACCGCCCGGGCGGGUCCAUCCGGCGGUCGGUGUCCCCGCUCUCAGGGGAGAAGGCCCUUCCACACCACCGUUCCUCGUCGUCUCUGGCGUUGUCCUCGUUGUCGUCGUCGUCGUCGUCCCCGGCGGGGGACAGCCAUUCCGAGGCACCGCCGCCGAGCGCCCUGAGCUUCCUGGCGGCCCUCAACAAGGGGCCUUCCCCCGCGUCGGCGGCGGUGGCUGCUGCGUCCGGCCACGGCAGGGGCCCGCAGCACAGGGCCCACAAGGGGACGGCGGCAAGGGCCGCCGGCCAGGAACCGGAACCCACCAGGAAGAAGCACUCGACGAUUUCGAGGGAUCCGAGGGAACCCCCGGGGGAGGAAGACGACCGGAACGCGCCAAAGAGCAGGCACCAUGCAGCGACCAAAAAGAGGGCGCUCUCGCCGCCGCAGCAGCAGCAGCAGCGGGGGCGGGACGACGACGAAGAAACAGACGCCACGGGGGAUGCAAGCCGCAAGAAAGCGAAAGCGAGUCCUCCCAAGAGGCAGAGGCGGAGGGCCUCCCCUCCUCCCACCAAGCGCCGAAAAGGGGCGGGAUCCGCGGCUCCCCCCGGCCGAUCGGGUGGAGGCGUCCCCCCGGAAAAAGACGGCCAAGGAGACACCGUGAACGGCGACGACAGCGACAGCGACGACGGAGACAACAGCGCCGACGAGACCUACGACGGGGGACACACCGCGGGAGACGGCAAGGGCGGCGAAACGCAAAACGAGGACGAAAAGGGCGAGGACGACACCGGAGCGUCGGCCCCGCAGUCCUCGCCGAGCAACCGGAGGCGGCUGUCCCGGAGGGCCAAGCCCAGCACCGAAACCCUGGUCGGGGGCAGCAGCAACAACAACAACAGCAACAAUAGCAACAGCACGAGCAGCAACAACACCGACAGCCCCCAGCGAUCGUCCAGGACGAGGCAGCCAAAGCGCAACACCAGCCCCGGCGACGGCAACGACGACAACAACGAGAGCCCGUCGCCGUCCUCCCGGAGGAGGAAUCCGAGGCGGUCCGCGGCACGGUAGCGCUCGCUGCGCUGCGGUGUG